ACCAGGAGCUCUAUGUCUGUGGGCAUUGGAAGCAGAUGCAGGCUUCCAGAGCGGAGCACAACUUGCCCAAGUACACACAGAACAAGCAACAGACCAGCGAGACUUGCCCUUGGUCCUGCUUGCUCUCCUGGAUUGAGGUGACUGAAGUCAAGGAAACCAGUGCUUUCCUUGCUGGCAACAAGAAGAGGAUGGAAGCUUGGGAGAAAUGAACGAGGGAAUGCAUAUCAGUCCACGUGGGUCAAGCUGGAGUUCAGAUUGGCAAUGCCUGCUGGGAGCUCUUCUGCCUAGAACAUGGCAUCCAGGCAGAUGGCACCUUUGGUGCUCAGGCCAGCAAGAUCAACGACGAUGACUCCUUUACCACCUUUUUCAGCGAGACUGGCAAUGGGAAGCAUGUGCCUCGUGCUGUCAUGGUUGACCUGGAGCCUACUGUAGUGGAUGAGGUCCGGGCAGGAACCUACCGCCAGCUCUUCCAUCCAGAGCAGCUGAUCACAGGAAAGGAGGAUGCAGCUAACAAUUAUGCCCGGGGUCACUACACAGUGGGCAAGGAGAGCAUCGAUCUUGUGCUGGACCGCAUACGGAAGCUGACAGAUGCUUGCUCUGGCUUGCAGGGCUUCCUGAUCUUCCACAGUUUCGGUGGAGGCACUGGCUCUGGCUUCACUUCUCUGCUGAUGGAACGACUCUCCCUGGAUUAUGGCAAGAAGUCCAAACUGGAGUUUGCUAUCUAUCCAGCACCCCAGGUCUCCACUGCAGUGGUUGAGCCCUACAACUCCAUCCUGACUACACAUACCACCCUGGAACACUCAGAUUGUGCUUUCAUGGUGGAUAAUGAAGCCAUAUAUGACAUCUGUCGCAGAAACCUAGACAUUGAGCGCCCCACCUACACUAACCUCAAUCGCCUCAUUAGUCAGAUUGUGUCCUCAAUCACUGCCUCUCUCCGCUUUGAUGGGGCGCUCAAUGUGGACCUCACUGAAUUCCAGACCAACCUCGUGCCCUACCCCCGCAUCCACUUCCCACUGGUCACUUAUGCACCCAUCAUCUCUGCCGAGAAAGCCUACCAUGAACAGCUCUCUGUGGCUGAGAUAACCAGCUCCUGCUUUGAACCCAACAGCCAGAUGGUGAAGUGUGAUCCAAGACAUGGCAAGUAUAUGGCCUGCUGCAUGCUCUACCGGGGAGAUGUGGUGCCCAAGGAUGUGAAUGUCGCUAUUGCUGCCAUCAAGACCAAGAGGACCAUCCAGUUUGUCGACUGGUGUCCCACAGGCUUCAAGGUGGGCAUCAACUACCAACCACCCACUGUGGUGCCAGGUGGGGACUUGGCCAAAGUCCAGCGGGCUGUUUGCAUGCUGAGCAACACUACAGCCAUUGCGGAGGCCUGGGCCCGCCUUGACCAUAAGUUUGACCUAAUGUAUGCCAAGCGGGCCUUUGUGCAUUGGUAUGUUGGAGAAGGAAUGGAAGAAGGAGAAUUUUCUGAGGCCAGGGAGGACCUGGCUGCCCUGGAGAAGGAUUAUGAAGAAGUGGGGACUGACUCAUUUGAAGAAGAAAAUGAAGGGGAGGAAUUUUAAAUAUACACUUGCCCCUUGGCUGUGUCUCUUUAUUUAUGCUGCUCCAUUCAAAGUGUAUUGAACUAGUGAAGAGUGAUAGUCUGAUUUCCCAACCCCAGCCCAACUCCUGUUGUACAUAGAAGGAGGGUCCCUGACUCUAGUACCCAGGAGAUAUGACUGCCCAGAUGGACACUGUGCUCUCAGACUUCCAUGGAAUGAGAGUAGCUUCCUCACUAAAGAAAAUCAGAGUUACUGUCUGUCGGUGAGGGUGAAGUCGAGUUACACAUGUGAGAAGUCAUAAUCAGGAGUUUAAUUACAGAUUAGGCUGGGUAUAUCCUAAGACAUGGCCUUCUGGCUGAGGAAUAGCAAAAUACCAGGGAAAGGAAAAGUCUAGGUAUUGGGAGGAUUCUGGGGAGAGAGUGGAAAGAAGCUCACAUUAAUGGAUCUAUAGAAUAGCCCAGGCCGCAUCAGGACUGAUCACAGAUCUAGUCACUCAUUCAUCAAAUAUUUGAGUAGUUAUAUACUCUUCCUCCCAAGGAGCACAGUAAGACCCUUUCUGAAUGCCUGAAACCAUGGAGAGUAGUACACCUUAUAGAUACUAGGUUUUUUCCUAUUCAUACAUACCCAUGGUAAAGUUUAAUGUAUAAUGAUCACAGUAAGAGAUUAACAACAAUACUACUAAUGAAACAACAACUAUAACAACAUACUGUAAUAAAAGUUAUGUGAAGGACUGGGGAUGUAGCUCAGUGGUAAAAUGUGUGCUUAGAAUGUGUGAAGCCCUGGGUUUGUUCCCCAGCAUUGCACAUAUCCAUAGGGUUAGGAAUGUGACACCUCCCUCUCUCAAUAUCUUAGCACACUAUGCUUUACUCUUCUUUCUAUGGGAAACUGAAGCUGGAGAAAGUGAAAGUAUGGAGGAGGGGAUGUUACUGUAAAUCCAUGUCUAGGCACUGUCCUAAGAGCUAGAUAGUGACACAUAUGACAGACACAUUUCCUUUCUUCCUAAAAACAUAAAUAAAUGAGCGAAUUUGCUUCAGAUGGUAUUAAGUGAUGUGAAGUAAAGCAGUAAUGAAAGUGUCUGGGGUGCCCCUGUGGACUGAUGGUCAGAGAAGACAUCAAGGAGGCAUGGAUGACAUGAGGAAUCAGAUGAUUCUGGGAACUGGGAAAAACAAUGCCAAAACCAAGAUGGGGGAAUACACACGGGUUCUGAACAGAAAGAGGUCAGUGUUCUUGGAGAAUGGUGGGAAACCAAGCAGGUUACAUGGUGGGGCGCUUAGAUUUUUUUCCUAAGUGAUACACAAGCAUUUGGAAGGUUUUAAACAGGACAGCUAUUAUUCCUUAUCUUUAUGUACAUGCAUCUUAUCCAAUCGUCCCAAUAAUCUCAAGGUGGAUAUUCUGCUCGUUUCUUAAAUGGAGAUACAGAGAAUUGAUAUUCUGAAGGCAGUAAGAGUGGAGCUCAGAGCAGGGCUCUUAUCUACCCUGUUUCUGUCCCUUGGUGAGCUUCAAGAAUCCAAAUACUCCAUAAAAUGGGAGAAACAGGUUUGCUAUUUGCAAAGGAGAGGGUGAGUAGGUGCACCUCUUCCCUGAAGUAGUCACGUCAGGCAGAAUAGCAGGAACAAUGAAAAAGCUGCUUUUGUUAAGCUGCCAGUGAGAACCCCGGGUUGGGCCCAUCGUGGAUCCCUAUGCAUUAAACACAUACCUCUUUACGUACCAAUUUUCUCUAUUCCCUCAAGCCCAGAGAGAAAUAGAAUGUAGUU